AUGCAUCCCCAGUCUCGUCUCGAGCUGCUCGCACUCGGUUUAGCAGCCACGGUUGCCGCCGGCCCUUGUGAUAUCUACGCCGCAGGCAACACUCCCUGUGUCGCCGCGCAUAGCACCACACGCGCACUGUACGAUGACUACUCCGGUCCCCUGUACCAGGUGACACGAUCCGACGGCACCACUUCUGAUAUUGCGCCGCAGACGGCCGGGGGUGUAGCCGAUGCCUCGGCGCAGGACGCCUUCUGCGACAACACGACCUGCCUUAUCAUCAUUAUCUACGACCAGUCCGGUAAUGGCAACGACCUCACGCAGGCGCCGCCUGGAGGCGCAGCCAGCGGCCCUGGCGACAACGGAUACGAUAAUCUGGCCACGGCGACAGAUGCCCCUGUCACGUUGAAUGGACAGAAGGCGUACGGAGUUCUUGUUGCGCCAAACACAGGCUAUCGCUGUGACGAGACCACUGGAAUUGCCACUGGUGAUGACCCAGAGGGUAUGUACGCUGUCCUUGAUGGCACGCACUACAAUACCGGCUGCUGCUUUGACUAUGGCAACGCCGAGACCAGUAACACAGACACUGGUAACGGCCACAUGGAAGCCAUAUAUUUCGGCACUGGUGAUGGCUCUGGCCGUGGUACUGGUGCUGGUGAUGGCCCCUGGAUUAUGGCCGACCUUGAGAACGGGCUGUUCUCGGGUCAAGAUCCGAUCAAUAACCAGGAUGACCCAUCCAUCACCUGGCGCUUUGUGACUGCUAUUGUCAAGGGCCAACCGAACGACUGGGCUAUCCGUGGCGGUGAUGCCACCAAUGGUGAUCUGUCGACCUACUAUAGCGGGGUGCGCCCUGAUGGAGGCUACGAUCCCAUGAGCAAGGAGGGUGCGAUCAUCCUGGGAAUUGGCGGUGAUAACAGCGACAGCGCCCAGGGUACCUUCUACGAGGGUGUCAUGACUUCCGGCUUCCCGUCGGACGAUACUGAGAACCAGGUCCAAGCCAACAUCGUCGCGGCUGGAUAUGCCUCUUCCUGA